CAAAAUGCCAAAGAAAAGGAUGCAAAAUCAGGCUCAGGCUAGGGUGCUACGAUACUCCACAGCAAAAGUUGAAUUUCAUUUUUCUGAAAUUAACAACAUCGCUGAACUGGCCACUAAAAUCGAGGAGCAAGAACCAAAAAAGACUUUCCUGCUGAAAGUCUGUUCAGUUGAAACGAUAAAGCAGGAGUUUCUGACAACCUUUGAAAAGGUACAGGAACUUUCGUUUGAAAUCGAUGAGGACUACGAACCAAACUUUGAGCUUCUUCAAGAAUUUUACGAUAAGGUCAACCUCAUAUCUAGCGCGCUGGCUAGUCUGAAAGAAAAAUCGCCCGCGUCAACUGCAAACAGCGAAAAACAAAAUUCAUCAGAGUCUCGAAUCAAACUUAAAAGAUUGGAGAUUCCAAAAUUCGAUGGAAAAAGAGAAAAUUGGCCUGUGUUCUAUCAAUUAUUCAAUCAAUUGGUUCACACGAACGAUUCUCUUUCGAAAUUAGAAAAAAUCAACUAUCUAGUCACGCACUUAGAAGGUUCUGCUAAAACCCUUUGUUCCGGGAUUCUGCCCAUUGAGGAAAAUUACGAGGCGUUGUAUGAGGCUCUCGAAACCAAAUUCGAGGACAAGAGAGCUCUCGGAUCGACUCUCUUCGAGAAAAUCUUGAACUUCAAGACAAUUACGCAAGAUACCGAAAAGAAUUUGUCUCUCUUUUUGGAAUCCUUCAUUGAAGCGGAACCACAUAAUCCUUUGUACAGAUGCCCUGAGUUUAGGGACAUGCCAGUUUGCGAACGCUGGAAGUACAUCCGACCAAAUAAAGUUUGUUCAAAUUGUUUGACGGUAAAUCAUCACUCACACCAAGAUUGUGGCUCAGAAAACAGAUGCCGCGAGAACAAUUGUGGCCAAAAGCAUCACACAUUACUGCAUCAAGAUCAAAAUUCAAAAACGGAGUCAAAUCCUAACCAACAGAACGAGAAUACAGUUGAAACUGUAAUAUGUUCCUCCGCCCUGACAACCAGUGCGCCGCAAGCUGUCUUACUCGCCACGGCGCUAGUUAAAGUCAAGGACAAAUAUGGUAAAGUCCACACUUUAAGAGCACUUUUGGACAAUGGAAGUAUGACCAAUAUGGUGACACCAAACUGCGCCCAAAAAUUAAACCUUCCUCGGGAACAAAGUACUCAGACUCUACAAGGGAUAGGGCCCGGAGCUGUCCGCCCAAAAUUUCAGACAGAGUUAUGUUUUUUCUCCGCGCUGAAUCCAGCAAAGCGGUAUGCCAUCAAAGCGCUUGUUACCAACAUAUUAUCCUCAAAUCUUCCGUGUACGGAAAUUUCUCGCACGCCGCGCAUGGAAAAACUAAUGCAAUUACAGCUGGCUGAUCCUACUUUCCAUAAGCCUGGAAAGGUAGACUUACUCCUCGGUGCUUCGGUUUGGUCGCAUCUUUUCGAAGACUCACACACCAUUCGCUACCAAAAUUUACCGCCAGCCAUCAAAUCCACGUUGGGAUACAUCAUCAUGGGAAGCGUGCCCACAGAAAUCGAACAACCACCCGUGGUAACCAGCUGUCUUACCAUCUUAGAGCCGAUGGAGCAAAUAAUGCAGAAAUGGCUCAACGUUGAAGACGUACCUAAGCCUACAUUUCUUAGCGCAGCGAAUAAAUACUGUGAAGAACGUUUUCUCAAACCGCACUACCUAGAAAACGGGCAAUUUUCAGUUGCACUGCCGUUUCAAAGUCAAAUUCAACACGUCAGCUCCUCUAGAGCAACCGCUGCUUCAAGUUUCAUCUCUCUAAAAACAGAGUUACUCAAAAACUCAGAAUUGCAUCUUGUAUCUGUUGUUCCUGACUUUAGCGCAACAUUCUCAAGUCCCAUCAUGCAUGACAAGCCUGCUUUCCAGGUGACCCCAAGGGCUGCCGAUGUUUAUGGCACGGAACCGGAAAUAGCGGAAGUCAAAGUUCAAAACUUUUGGAACAAAAAUCAAGCAACCUCACAGCCAACAAAUUUACUAACUAGCCAUGAAAACAAUGGAUCCACCAUAGUUUCUACAUCUAACAGUUUUGAUCUAUCAAAAGAAAACUCAAAUUUUUCAAAAAUACUGUUGAACACGGAAACCACACAAAGACCGGAAAUGCUCUCAAACCCGGAAACCUGUGGAGCCUCGGAAUUGCUACCUAAUGCGGAAACCAGAGUACCUUCGCUGUUACAAACUACGGAGACCAGCGUAAGAUCGGAAGUACUAACAACUGCUGAACUUAGUGCGAACAUGAUCUUACCUAAUAAUGGUUCCUUCAAAGUUUUGGGUACCUGCCGGACCACCGCCACGGAUGUGAUGUCCUCACAUCAAAGUAAUUUCGAGUUUAAAGUCAUCAAAGGCUACAUCCGUUCAACUCUUGUUCAACUCUGUAUUCUAUUUGUUCUCUUAUCAGUAAUUCUGUCUACCGUAAACCUACUCCAAAAAGCGCCUCGAUACUCAGAGGUUGCAACCUCAUGUCCUAGUCAUGACUGGACAAUGGAUGCACCGCAAUGCACUUCUCCACAAAGGAGACAAUUUCAAGACAAACUAUCGCAAGUCUCAAACUGCUCAGUUUGUCGCCUCUUAAACAUCACUUCUACAAAUGAAGCGAUGCUCGCGCACGCCACUGGCAAAGCGCAUAUUUACUCCGCCUACACUUUCGCACAAAACCCAACUAAGUCGCCUCAGAAAGCUCUACUCAGCACACAAUCACGCAUACCUCUGACUAAUUCUCUUCCUCAGUUAGAAUUUCAUGCAGCACCUUUGCUGUGCCUAUUCAGAUUACGUGUUUCGCACAUCUUCAACGACUGCCAUACAUUGAAAAGGGCAAUUUCUCUUAAUAAUUCAGAUUCUUGCUUACAUUUUAUAAAAUUCAAUUCAAAACAGUGGAUUCUUUUCAUCACCAUCUGGAAAGCUCUCAUUUGGAAAAAUGCCUUACCGCAUCUUGGACAACACACAGCAGGAAUUUACAACUCCAGUUAUGCGGUGUCCUACUGUCUACCAACGUCAAAUUGCAUAACCUACCUAAAUAGGUAUAAGGAUCCUCUAUGGUCUUCGCAAACUUACGCCGUAACGAACAUCAUAAGUGACCUCAUGUACUCAAAGCCACUUAAUGAGACACUCCGACAAAAAUCGCAGCCGUCGUCCUUGUCACCAGUUUGCACUCAAUGGCACAUCAGACUCGCAGUCCUGCUGUCGCACUCAAAAUCUCAUCUACUAGUGCUCUGCAGUGUUGCAUGUGUGUUCAGGCGUCAGUUCUAG